AAUAUCAUAGCCCUACCAGCACAAACCAAGCAAUCACAGCUGGUUUGCAUCAGCAAUUCUCAAGGAUUGUGGAAUCCAUACUCAUAAAUAAGAGGGACCCUUUUCAUCAAAAUUGAGAAAUUUAGGGUAUUGAUUAGCAGACUCAUAUUAAUUAACCCUAUUCUCUUACGUCUCUUUCCUAAUUUUCUUCUUCCUCUCCUCUGUGUUUAAUGCUAAAUAACUCUUCUCUACCCAUCAUGAAAGAGGGCACUUUUGGGUUUUUCACGAAGAGUUAAGUUUUUCUUCCAUACAAAAAAUACUAUAGAUUUUCUUUUCUUUUCUUUUUUUUUUUUGUUUAAUGGUGAGAGUUUAGAAGGUCGUGCCAGAAAGUUUUGCCCCACCAAACAGAAGACACAUUACCUGUACUUUUUUCGGUUAAGAGAACAGCUGCAGCUGCAGAGAGGGAGUUGAACGGAACAGCAGAGGCGUUUUGAGAGGGUCAAGGUAUCAUAUCUCGAAGACCCACAAAUGCCAUAAACGGAACAUGCAAUAUUAAGAGAGGAAAAUGGAAGGUUGAGUACAGCGAAGCAGUUGUUUGUGCAGACCCACACACAUACAUGUAUAAUAUAGAGAGAAAAAGCGCUCAUACAGCGAAAAAGAUGGUGGGUGGCAGCAAUCCAGGCCAGUACAAUGACACAACUUUUACUAAAAUCUUUGUUGGAGGCUUGGCCUGGGAAACCCAAAGAGAUACAAUGAGGCGUUAUUUUGAGCAGUUUGGGGAGAUACUUGAGGCUGUUGUUAUCACAGAUAAGAACACUGGAAGAUCCAAGGGCUACGGCUUUGUUACAUUUAAGGAACCAGACGCAGCCAUGAGAGCUUGUCAAAACCCAUCUCCUGUGAUUGAUGGAAGAAGAGCAAACUGUAAUCUUGCAUCACUUGGUGCACACAAGCCUCGUCCGCCAACUCUUCAACAGGGUGCAGGAAGGUUUAGACCAGCACCUGGGCUGGUGGCUCCACCUGCUUAUCAUGGUUCAACAUCAUACAUCCAUCAACCAACUGGACAAUACCCAUUUCCUUAUUCAGCUUAUGGGUACACAGGAUAUUCACACGACACAUUGUACCCUUUGAAUUAUUAUGGGGUAUAUGGAGGUCAACAAUUUUCCCCUUAUUACUCUACUGGGGCAUCAGGGACUCCAGGGAUGUUCCAUAACUUCUAUCCACUGUAUACACAGUUUGGACAGAGUAGUCAAGGUCAUGGCUUUGGAGUUCAGUAUCCCCAAAUGGUACAGUAUCCAUAUUUGCCUCAGCAAUAUGGCUCCACAGGUAGUUUAUCAAUACCAUCUUCGAUGGCAAUGACAACUACUGCCACAACGGGUGCAACAACGAUGACAACUCCUAUGAUUCCGACAACCACGACGACAGCAGCAGGGGUGGUGGCUGCGGGACAAGGUGCUUUGCAAGCCUCUGGAACGGCUUCUGAACUAAAUUCAUCAACCUAAUAAGCAUGGAUUUCAUUCGUUGGUCUUUUCACAAGAGUUACAAUAUAACAAAUGUUGAAAAGGGUCAAGAUCAAAACGGAGGAAAUGAAUAAGGAAAACAUUUAAAGUCACAGAUUCAAGAGAAGGAUGGCUCAUCAGCUAGCGUAAGAAAACAAUGGAAAUUCAAGAAUUCAGAACCAGAUUGUUCAUUCAUGGAAACAAGUAUUUUUAGGUGCAGAGCUCACUCCCACUAACUCUCUUCAAUCAUUCAGCAAAUCCCAACAUUAUCAUCAUCUUUAUCAUUAUUAAUUAGGAAACUAAGAAGUCUAAGUAGUUGUUAGUAUUAGGAGAAGGAAUCAUAUUCAUUUCAUGUAUUGGCAUAAGAUGGAAACCAAUAUUGGCUUUGGAUUCUACCUCAGAUAGACAGAUACUAAUUAUCAGAUGACUAUGUCUCGGUUGCAGAGAGCAUCCGAUGGCAAACUCUUGUUUAUAUUUUGAAGUAGAUGGGUUGGAAGAUAGAUUUUAUAUCUUCAAAACCAAAUUUGGUCAACAGCAGGAAAAGCUGAGCAAGGAAAGCUCAGCCAUUAACUUGUAAUUUUUCUGUUUAUUCACUGAUUCUAUUCAUGAUAGGAUUAGAAGAUUAGUUGGGGAAGAAAAAAAAAAGAGAAGAUUGGUAUCUUUCUCUUUCUUUUUAAUUUUUUAUUUACUGAUAAUCAUCUGUUUCACCUUUCAUACUUUGCUUUUGAGUUGGG